AUGAAUUUAGCUGGGAGAGAAGGAAAUGUUGGUCUUUUGAUUGAGAUCAAGGAAUCCGCAGAGAUUGAGACGGCCGUUAAAGGUUUGCCAUGGGGAUUCAAUGAGCUGAUAGCACUGGUCGCUGUGGAUGAUUUGACAAGGUAAGGGCUUGGCCGCUGAGCUUUGCGAAAAAAUUUUGGUAAAGUUUUUUUAUAUUAUUCUUCUUUUAGAGAGUUGUUAUCAAAACUGGUAUCUUCUACAAGUAUAUCUGGAAUUCUCUUGGUCCGAGAACGUACACGAGCCUUUGACGGAUUUUCUGAGGAUGGGAUCAGCCCAAAGAAGGAGUAUUGUAAGUUGUUUCAACCAGAUGUUGCUUUUCUGUCAUGUACAGGGUGACCCAAAAAAACGAUCAUCAAAUUUGUUUGUGUCCUAACGCGAAAAUUUUUAGAUUCAGGGAAAUAAUUAUUGCACUAUUAAAUUCUCCGCUUUUUUCUGUCCUAAUACUUCCCUUUUUAUGUCCAUAUCGAUUGAUUAACAUGUUUUUUAAAUGUCAAUAGAAAGGGACUGCGAUUUUGGGACCGUUUCGACAAAAGGAAACUUGUUAAUUUGCUAGAUGUGGAAAGGACGCUGUGACGAAAACAAUCCCAAGUUACAAGUAGCUUGGCAAGAGUAGUCAGCGUCCAGGAAGUGAACGAAAACGCACCGCAAACACUUCUGCGAGACGCGGCAUCAUUAACAACAAACUCCGCGAAUUUCGAGAAAAAAUCGCCCGCAAGAACGGUAUCAGCGAUCAAUUCGUCAACCGAAUAGCCAAAGAAAAGCUCAACCCCGUACUGUACAAGCUGCAAAAAGGUCAACCCCUCAAGGGCGGCAACAAGCGCGUAGAGCGCCAGGGAUGCCUGAAACUUAAGUGUCGGGCCGCAGCUCAGAGGUGUGAGCACAUUCCUUUCGUGGUUUAAUGUUUAGCGGAUGCACGACCACCAGAACGACAGGAUCUGGUCCAAUGAGGCCCCGAGCACAUUAGCUAACGUCAAAACCCGACAAAAUGCGGACCGUUACCCUCUGUGGCGGAAUUUGUGCCAGCGGCAAGAAAUCCAUGCUUUUAGUGGAUCAAGGGGGCAAAAUUCUAGCUCUGCGUUAAUCUCCAUCUCGUCGUGCUUCCGUUGACUUAGAAGAACGUUGGCGAUGCAAAUUUAGCGUUUCAACUAGACUCAGCGCUGGCUCACAAGGCAAAAGCGAUUCAAGACCAGUAAUGGGACCGAUUUUUCCGAUUUGACCCAGUCUGCGAAAAGUGCGCCUGCUCGCCGGAUCUGACACCGAUGAACUAUAAAUUUUUUUUCAAUUGGAGGGCAGUACCUGUACUACACGUCACAACAGUUUGGAGUCACUGAGUGGUCGCUGCGCUGAGAACGGGAACGAUUUCCCCGAAAAAAGCUGCGGCCCCGAGCCCAAAAUUUUAAGUUGCGUUUGGCGCUCUAUAUCGCCGCCAAGUGCUGCUGCUUUGAAACUAGCUUAGUACUUGAUCACCAGGUUUGUUGUUUAUCGUUUGAAUUCAUAAAUUUGUGCUUGUACCGAAAAACAAACUUUUUAUUACGAAAAGUCUUGAUGAUCGUUUUUUGGGUCACCCUGUAUAAUAUCGGGAAAUGGCAAAAAUCUCGAAUUGAUGUGAUUUGACUCUUACUGUUUCCAGCCAUGUAUGGAGAAGAAACCUUAAACUGGAAUGAGUUCGGUGCCUUAUCGGCCAGUGGAUUUCUCAAACAAACGUCAAAAAGCCUCUGUGUCUAAUGGCCGCUUGGGACUCGAUCUUGUAGUCUAGUUAGUUUUUUGUCUAAAAUUUUAGUUUUUUUUGGAUAUUGCACAUGUUGACUUUUAUAAAAUUUUACUUCCAGAUGGACCAUCUCGCCGAAAAUUUGAAGAAAUCCAAGCAGAAAAUUCAGAUCCUGUUUGAUGAGGACCAUUCCCAGCUGCCUCCAAGCUCAAUCUACUCGGUCUUGAAGAAAAAAUCUAACAUAAAGUAG